UCCUGAACAAAUCUAUAGCACUAUUGUCACCCUGGAGUUUCAUUGUCUUUUUGUUUUCGUGUACCAUUCAUUUUCUUUGACGACACUCAGUCGAGAUUGGAAACUUGACUUGUCAGAAAAAAAAAACUUGUUCUGGACAAUAGGCGACAGCCCUUUCGACGGGGGAUAGUUUGUGCAAAAUCUCAGCCAUGUCGGAAGCGACCCCAAAAAUCAGGAUUGUAAGUUCUUUCACCAUUAUUCGGACAGUCGUGCUGAUACAUUCUAGAUGAAAGGCGCUGCGCCAGACCUUUCUGCUGCCACGUACCAAAUUUUUGACGAGACGCACACUAUGGGCAAUGCUCUCCGGUGGAUGAUCAUGAAAAAUCCGAAAGUGCAAUUCUGUGGUUACAGUGUUCCGCAUCCAUCCGAGAACCUAAUUCAGCUUCGCAUCCAAAUGUUCGAUGGGCUCUCCUCUCUCAAUGCACUUCUUGAGGCGCUGGACAACUUGGAUGGAGUAUGUGAAAGCGUGGAGGAGCGUUAUCUCGUCAGCCUUCGAGAAGGCCGGUAUGAACGGUGGGAAGAGAAGGAGUUAGUGAUAAACGUUCCCUCAUGUAUGAGAAGAGUGGAAUAGGGUUGGUGAGUUGCCCAAACAGAGAUACGCUUGCCU